CUCGCAGGAGAGAGUGGAUAGAUAGGAGUCACGCCGGUAGCGACCAGUCGUCGACCUCGAUCGCCGUGGCCGAGCGGGCCCCUUUCACUUGAAAAACGUCUUUUUCAACUGGCCACGAUAGAGACGUGCUAACAUUCAUUCAGUUCCAGACUGGACGUAUACGCCUGCUGUCUCUUUCGUUCACUCGCUCGCCCAAUUGCCUCGAAAUUGAGGGCUUUUUCAGCGAUAAAUAGCAGUCAAUCUCGUCAUGGUUUCUUGUUUGAUAACGUAAUCGAUGUUCAAUUUGAAGUUGCUCCGUCGCCUGUUACUGCAAUACAAGUAUCACCGACAUGCCAUCAUCGAGCACGAAGGCCAUGUGCUUGAGGCUAUCUAUGCUAUUGCUCUUUGGUUACAGUGUGACAAGUUUGAUAGUUCCUGAAGAACUUCCUACAAUUUUAUCUCUCAUAUAUUCUAAUAUCCCUCCAAUAAAAAAAGGUACCGAUUCAAGAGUUGGUGUUGGUUUCAGACUUGGAGAACAUGCAGAUUUUCAAGUGUUGGUAGAAUUGGGGCCUCAGAAAGAAACUGAACCAUUAGGAAACGACGUCGAUACAAAACGGAAAAGAGCUGCCAUGUUAACAGCUGCUAUGAGAGGUGAACUUGGUCCAUGGGCUCAAGCUAUAGCAAAAUAUCAAAUGGAACAAAAAUUGAAACAAAUAAUCGAAAAAUACAAAGUCAACACUGAGAUUACACAACAAAAUGAUAAAUCAGUUAAAGCAGCAGAAAAUAAGAGUGAAGCAAAUGUAUGGCUGUCUCAGUGGAGUCAAAGUUUAACAAAUUCAAGUGAUUUUCAAGUAGAUGAAAGUACAAGGCCAAAAGUCUUGCCAAAUAUUAACCGUAUGAAAGUUGUUAGUAGUCCGACAAAGAGUGAUAGUAAAAAUGAUGAUAGUAGACAAAAUGAUUUGAAAACAUUAAAAAAUCUUUUUGAAAAUAAUACUAAUAAAACGAUCAGUGUUUGA